GCAGUGUGUCAUGCAAAAGAGCUGCGAGCAGACAGAGGGCUCUUUCUUAUACGGUACGGCCCAGGAAGACUGAGAAACAGUGACUCAACUCCUCCUCUCACACACAGGCUCCAGGUACAGCUGAGGAUUUAUGUAUGUGCCAUCCAUUCAGAGCAGCAGAUUGUGUUGCUGAAACAAGGGUUAUGUGAUGCCCACAGAGAUCUCUGGACUGACCCCUCAUCAAAUCUGAAAUGCCCUCAUUCCAUCACAUCUGUGAGAGUCAAGGCAGAAGAGACUAAAAUAGAGUCUGAGUCUCCAGAGGGACCGAUGCUGAGAGGAAUCCACCCAGUAUAAACACAGCCCACGAUCUCUGCAAUCCUCACAGCAACGCUUUGUUCUUAGACCCCAAAGGCAAGGGGUUUUAUGAGAUGAGCGGUGUAGUUUGGGAUUAAAGCAAUAACUGUGUGCAUCAAGGAUCUUCAAAUUGUCUAUCUGUUAUCUAUUUCAAUUGACUUGUGUGAUAUUUCUCAGGAUGGGACUUGUUAUGACACAAGAACAUUUAACAGGCCUAAACUGAGUUGAAACCCUUAAACGGUGUUGGAAUUAGUUCAAAUGGACAAUUUCUUGAUCUCCAGAUAGAAAUCCCAUGCUAAUUACUGGUUUAAUCAGAUCUACGGUGGCUUUACAUCUCAGAUCACAUUGGAUUUGAUCUCUAUAGGAACCCCAAAGGGAUUUGAAGAACUCACGCUGAACCAUGAAGGAGGAAAUCCUGCAGUUUUUCAACGAUAUAUGGAACCUCGUUUCAGCCAAGCACGACGAGAGCGUCUACAACACUGUGUGCCUGGUGGUGCUUCUGACUCUACCACUAGUUAUCAUCUUCACUUCUCUGCUGAUUUGCUGUCAUUGUUGCUGCUGUCGUAAUGCCGACAGAUCCCCGUGUUGUUGUCGUAAAGGUGAAACCUCAGUCACAGAUCUGAAAACCGAAAAGAAGAAAAAGAAAAAUGGCAGCCAGAAUGAUGAAGACUUGUGGAUAUCCGUCAAAACAGAUCCCAUUAGUAAUGAAAGACUUGCACUGACUAUGGUGUAAAAGGGAAUGAUUGAUGAACAUAAACAAUUGUAUAUUUAUUUAUCUUAAUGGUACAUGUAAAGGUACAAAAGUGUUACAGAAGUGUUUACUAAAAUGUACCUGAAUGUAAAAAAAUUCAAAAGAGAAUUUCAAAAGAAUUUUUGUAUACAAGCAAAGUUUAGGAGUGAAUGUGUAUGCAAGAAGAUGCUUUAUGAUGUGUGUGUGGUCCUGAAACGCUUUACAAUAACAAACGUUAGGGGAAAAGAAAUUCAUAUCUUUAAAUGUUUUAAAUGCCAAAGAGCAUUCUGUCCAAAUGGCCACUAAGUUUGCAUUUACACUGCGAUCUUGAUACCCAAUGUCUAAUUGUUGAUUAAAUCAAAUCUUUUUUUUUUUUUUUUUUUUUUUUUUUUUUUGAUGACCCAUAUCUGAUAUAUACAGAGAUUUGGCAUGAAACUCUGAUGAUCCAAUCCAAUAGGUCUAACUCAAUCUGACAUUGUGACAUCAUCAAAUGGCAGAGAUCUGCUACGAGGUGAUUAAUGUAUGCAAUGGGGUUAUUUCAUGUAUGUUAUAUUUGCAGCAGCAAUUUUUCUUAUAGGAUCACGGCAGCAUGUUGUGGAUGUAUUGGCAGUAGCAAGUCUAGGUACUUGCUCUGCUGCAGCAGCAGCAGUGUAGCAGAUCCAUUCUCCCAAGACCAAAUACAUUAAAAUGGUUAUGUACAUUACCAUGCCAAAUCCCUCUUGAGAGUUGUCAUGACAGAACUGCAUUUACAUUAUACACUUAGAGCAACAACUAAACAUAGACACACUGACCUACAAAAACUAUGGCGUGAUUUGCAAUGGAGGCAGAUUAAAUGAUAAAGCAAGCUUUUGCUUGACAUAAAACCUCAGCAUGACUCCACUGGCUUGAGCCUUCAUCCACCAUUUAAUUGAUCUGAUCUGUCCAUUUACUUAGCAGACUCAAAUAAACGUAUCCGAUUCAUAUCAGAUCAGAAUUGUGUCACUUGAACUAUGUAGUGUAAAUGUGGCCUAGGAACAGCAGAGGAACUUUUCGCAGUACUGUUAGCAGUACUCUGCUUAUCUUUAUCUGUGCGGUCUAGACAGUAUUAGUGGUGGGGAUUUUUCAGUGACAACAACUGUCUUUAUGAGUGAAUCUUUGAUUUGUUAAUUCAGCUGAUUUGUUCAACUACAAAGAUUCAUUCAGGAGUGUUACCAUCAAUAUGAGUGAGUCAUUGAAUCAUUUACGUAACCAAUUUAUCCAAAAUUUAUUCUGGAAUGAAACAUACCACUGCUAAGUGACCCAACAGUUGAUUCUGUUUUGAUUACAUUUGGAAUUUGUUAGUUGCCAGAGUGAAAAUACAGCAAUGGAAACCGGCAAUAUUCCAUAUAAAAUCUAAGUUACUCAAUAUGAAUUUCUUGUUUAUUAAACUACUGUAUAAAAUAAAUAUCACACUCGCAACCAUGUUGUUGGUUCAGAAUAUCAGUGCCAUUGUGAUUCCCUGUAAUAUUCGGAACAACAGCGCUUGUGUGAUAUCGCUUGUUCAACACAGAUUUCAGAAAUCAGAUGUCAGAAAUAUGUCAGAUUUCUACACAUUUUACCUAAAAUUCAAAUGCUUCUAAAAGUUACACUUAAACCAAAUCUUGAAGAAAAUAAUUUUCCAAAGAUGCUGUAAUACAAAGAGGUCAAAAUCUUCUAGUGACACACUCAGCGGGUCACAAUCACUUGUCCUUCACUUGAAGGAUGAGAAGCAUUUAAAAUGAGCUGCUUUAAAUGGCUUCAGAAAUAGGUUUCCUUACAAAACAAUUUCUCUAUAAAUAUAACAUGCCUUUCUUUUUGUGAUGAUUCGCCUGAGAAAACCAUUAUUUAAAUGGGGGGAGGGGUUGCAUGUUGGAUCUGUGAUGCAUAUGGAUGGAUAUUUAGAGACGAGUCAACAACAGCUCCAUGACACUGGUCUCAUAAUCUUCGUUCACAAUGCAGUGAAAAACUGAUUAUGCCGAGUUCAAAACGCAGACUGAUAGAUACACCAUUAUCAUCAGAGUUGUGUGAAACUGAGAUUGCUGAUAAACAAACGUAAAUCUUCUUGCACUUUUCAGAUGCAGGGAUGUUUGCAGUGCCAUAAUUAGAUGUUUAUGUAGUACUUCAGCAAAUUCUGAUUAUGUGUGUUAGAAAUUCAUGCAUUAACAGUCAUCAUGCUUCUUUUUUUACUUAACUGCUGUGUUUGACUACCAUGCAUUUCGGGUAAAGCAACCACUGAAUUAUUAUGUAAUUAUGUAAUCAGUGAGGUUGGAUCAUACUUGUCCUUCAUUGAUUUUGGUUUCUGGUACAGCUGGAUUUUUCAUUUGUUUGAACAAAGAAGCUGUCAAGUUCUGUUUCCUGCGCUCUCCUUCAACAUACAUGACAGCAAAGCUUUGAUCAGUCCAGUUCUGUAUGAAAAUGAGUGUCAAUUUGAAUGAAUAUGCCGAAACUGCAUUUUAUUUUACUCAAUAUGUUACAAUGCAGGUUGAUGCAUGCAAAAAAAUCUUCAGCCUUGUCUUUUUUUUCCUUUUCUUUUUUAAAU